AUGGCGGACCUCCGUGUCCAACGACAAAAAGUUUUGUAUUCUUGCCCCACUGGUGGCACUGGUGGUGAUAUCACCAUGGUUGUCAUUGAAACCCUGGACGUCCCGGGUCAUCACCCGAAUACGGGACCUAUGCUCCCAGUCAAUGAUCUUGCCAUUCCCAGAUCUACAACAAAAAUACUAUCUAACUCGCUCAUCUUUACGUAA